GAGUUAGAGUUGCUUGGACAGCUGAGUGGCAGCACUGCACUCUGCCACUUCGCUCCCCUUGCAAGUAAAACGUACUACAUCAAAACUUUUCUUUGUUCUUACAAAAAUGAGGAAUUUUAUCCUGGUUGCUUUGACAUUUCACUUUCUGGUGGUCACAGUAGUAGAGAUUAACGGUGAUUACACAUUUGGAGAUAUCAUUUCAUUUCCAAAGAAAUGUGCCAAAAUAGACAACGUUUACAAACACUUUGCUGUUUAUGUGGGUACAGACGAUGUAUUUGGCCAAGGAAAGGACAAGGACAUAUUUCACCGCAUACGUAAGCCCACUGAUGGUAAAUACUGUGUUUUCGGUUCUCUCAAAGAUCAGGGAGAACAUGCAAAAGAAAAUUAUCUGGACAGUAACUUGACACCAUCAAGUCGAGAUGACAUAAUUAAGCGCAUUAAAGUCAUGACCGAUAAGAAAUACUGUGGAAAAUAUAAUCUCCUUAAAAACAACUGUGAACAUCUUGUAACUUGGGUGCGUUAUGGAAAAGCAUAUGUAAAGCAGCCUGGAGCCAAGGUAGCAUUUUUUCUCCUUUUGUCUUUUGGAAAGAAUUUAUCUGAAGCAGAUGAAGCAAUGGAAAUAUCAGAUGCACAAGUCAUUAAAAAAUUAGAAGAACUUAAUAAAAAUUCAGAAGCUGACAAUCAGUGUAAUAAUGCUGUAAUGCUUAAGAGUGUUUUAAGGACUCCCACACUUUUAACCUGUCUUACUUUUCUAUAUUCAUUCUUUUACAUGACAUGAAGUCUUCAUUGGAAAUAAAACACUGAUCAAGAUUCUG